UUCUUUUGGUUUCUAUGGCUAAGCCCCGCCCACGUGUUUCUCUCCCAUUCGUCCAUGGCUGAUUUCCUUGGUCCCACAGGAUAGACUCUCACGCGCAUGAUGAACAAAAGGAAUAGCAUAGAGCUGUGAGAGAGAGAGAGAGAGAUUACAUACCAUUUUCUUCAGUUUUCCGCCAUUGAAGUAUGGCUUCGAAGCUUUGUGAUUCCUGUAAGGUGGCCGCUGCCACUCUCUUCUGCCGAGCUGACUCUGCCUUUCUUUGCCUUGGCUGCGACUCCAAAGUCCAUGCAGCCAACAAGCUUGCUUCCCGCCAUGCGCGCGUAUGGCUUUGUGAAGUCUGUGAGCAAGCUCCUGCACAUGUUACCUGCAAGGCCGACGCUGCUGCUCUCUGCAUCACUUGCGACCACGAUAUCCACUCUGCCAAUCCCCUCGCUCGCCGUCAUGAGCGAGUUCCUGUCACGCCUUUCUACGACUCUUCCAACUCCGACAACUCUCUCGCCGUUAAGCCUGCCGCUGCAAUCAACUUCCUAGAUGAUCGUUAUUUCUCUGAUGUCAACACCGACGCCGCCGAAGAGGCCGAAGCUGCUUCCUGGCUUCUUCCAAACCCUAACCCUAAGCCAAUCGAAAAUACAGAUCUGAACUCGGGGAAGUUAGAGUUUCUAGAAAUGGAUCCUUACCUAGAUCUGGAUUACGACCGCGUAGAUCCGAAAUUAGAAGUGCGAGAGCAUAACAGCUCCGCCGCCGAUGGAGUCGUUCCGGUUCAGAGCAAAGGCGUCGAUCUCUCAUCGGUGAACGAUCGUAGCUUCGGCAUCGACUUCCCGUGCGCCAAAUCGUUCCCGUACAGUUACAAUCCUCAGUCAAUCAGUCACAGUGUAUCAUCCUCGUCGAUCGAGGUCGGAGUCGUUCCGGAGGGGAAUACGAUAACGGAGAUAUCGAAUCCGUACACGAAACCGUCGACGGAAUCGACUGUUCCACCGCUGCAAAUCUCGCCGGCAGAUCGAGAGGCGAGAGUGUUGAGGUACAGAGAGAAGAGGAAGAACAGAAAGUUCGAGAAGACGAUUCGAUACGCAUCUCGUAAGGCCUACGCCGAGAAGAGACCACGAAUCAAGGGACGGUUCGCCAAACGGACGGACAUCGAGUUGGAAGCCGACCGAGUGAGUGGAUACGGCGUCGUUCCGUCGUUCUAAGUUUGAAUAUUUAAUAAAAUAAUAAUUAAUUAAAAAAUAGUUCGUGUAAAUAGGAAGGAAGAAAAAUAGCUGGGGCAGUUGAUCAACGAAAUCUGACCGUUGGAUCAAGUACAGCUCUUUUUUUUUUUCUUUUUUCUUUUUGUGUAAAGAAAAUCUAUGGGAGUUUGGUCAAAAAGGUUUUCGAAAUCCCAAUUUUCCUUAAUUUUUAAUUUUAGAUAUUGGGAUUUUGUCUAUCAUUUUAUGAAACUUUAUUGGUGAGCUGAAUUAGCUUCGUCUUUGGUUUGGA